AUCCUUAUUGGUUUUUGACAGUCGCUUGACAGUAUUUUGUUUGUUGUGAUUUUUAUUUUGAAAUUAUUUUUUAUAACCUUUUGUACUUUGGAAAUUAAUAUAUUUCAUGUUUGUUAUAGCCUAUAGCUGCUAUACAUACAAUUUAUACAUAUAAAAAUGAAAUUCAGUAUGUUUACUCUUGUAAAAGUGUUUUUGUUAUUAAUUUUCAUAGAAAAUGCUGUAAGCAUUAAAUGCUGGGAGUGCAGAUCUGAUGCAGAUCCUAAAUGCUCCGACCCAUUUGACAACACAACCUUGGCAAUUACUGAUUGCAAACAAUUAAGGUCACUUGAUUACCUGCCAAAUGUUCAAGCAACAAUGUGCAGAAAAAUCCGACAGAAAGUGCACGGUGUAUGGAAAUACAUACGUAGCUGUGCGUACCUUGGGGAGCCUGGCUUAGGUGGCGAUGAACGGUUCUGCUUGAUGCGUACAGGCACUUACAAUAUUUUCAUGGAAUAUUGUACUUGCAACACCAAAGAUGGUUGUAACACAGCAUCAAGUUUGAAAUUACAGUCACUUCUUAUGUGGUGUUCAGUCUUAGCAUUUAUAACAUGCAGAUACUUAAGAUAGCCUUUUAUUUAACUUAAGGACAAUACUGAAGAUGCACAUUAUCGAACAAAAUUAAAAUGAUUGGAAACAGAAUUGCGCUAAAGGUUUUGAACCAUUUUUUCCAAGACAACCAGUACCUUAUGUUGGUUAGCUUGCUAUCAUAAAAAUGCGUUAUUAGAUGUUUUAAAAGAUAUUUAAAAACUCAUCAGUUUGAUAUGACUGAUAUUAAUUUCAAAUUACCUGUUUUUGUUAGGAAUUUUGGACUUAUCUAAUUAUGAAAUGUGAAGUAGAAGUGUUAUUCUGAUAUUUCACUAAACAAGAAAAGCAGAAAAAAUAACAAAUAUACCUUUCUACAAUGAAUCAUUUUGGUAUCUUUUCUCAUUAAUUUUGACUGAUAUGCAUGUUAAGUUGACUGAACUCUUAUGAAAGGAAUCUCAUGGAUGCUAAUACACUGUAUUAUAUUUAUGUUCAAUAUGCAUUGCACUGUUAAUAUUAAGUUGCAUGUUUUAAGUUUAAAGUUUUUUAAUUUAGUCUGUAUAGCUUGUACCGAAAUAUCACUCGGUAAUAUAUUUAUAACCUGUAGUACAAUCAUUUCAGACAUCAGUAAUAUUAUCCAUAUAUUGAGCAUAUUUUGAAAAGAAAUCUCUGAUAUUCAUAUCAUACAUGUAACAUUUUAGUAGCUAUUGCGAUACAUUUUAUGUUUUGUAUUUUUAUAUAUAGAGCUGCUUAACUACUGUCCGUCCAAUUUUUGUAUAUUGUUAUUAAAAUAGGCGUAUCCUUAAUUCACUGAUUGAGCCACUGGUGCAACCAGUUAGCCAAUUUGGCGUCCUCUAAUUUCCGCUGGAACGACCGGUUGUACACCAAACUUGGCUCAAAUGGCGAAUUAAGGAUACGCCUAAUUAUAAAAAUAAAUGGUGUUAUUUUUA